AUGGAACCCUGUCCCUGCGCCUCCCACGACUCCAUCGCCAUCGUCGAGAAGGCCGACGUCCUCCACGACCAAUUAGCCGACGCGAGGACCGAAAAGGUCCAAUGGCUGGUUCGGAGCAUUGUCGAGACCCAUUCCGACCUGCUCAAACUCCCCCAUUUCCGGCCGGGCAUUGCCAUCAACAAGCUCCUUGGCAACCUCGUGUCUGUCUGCUCCGAGAUCCACGACCGGGAAGUCGUCGACAGGGUCCUCUCCCACGCCCGCGUGCAGGCACUUCUCCCCUCGCUCCGCCAGAUUUGUGCCCAGGCCGAGUCCUGCCUCGAACUGCACUGGACCGAGCACAUCCUCGCCACCAAGGGGACCCCCGAAGAGGUCCUCGCCCGCCUCAAGACCUUCCCCUACUACGAAAACUACCAAGAGCUCACCCGGCUAGAGCUCUGCUCCAUCCUGUCCGCCACCAAGACCGCCCCGCGCCGCGUCGCAUUCAUCGGCUCUGGCCCAUUGCCCCUAACCUCGCUCUGCCUGCUACAGGCCCUCAAGCAGGAUGCACUGCUCACCAGCCUAUCAACCCCCAACGCCGAGACGAAGGACGCGCAGCCGGCCGGCCGCGGCAUGGAGUUCAUCUGCGCCGAGGCCACCUCGAGAGACAAGGACCUCGCCGAGUUCGACGUCGUGUACAUGGCCGCGCUCGUCGGCAUCACCCAGACCGAGAAGGAGGAUAUCGUGCUGCAGGUGGUCGAUCGCAUGCGGCCCGGGGCUUUGCUGGUCGUGCGUAGCAGCUGGGGCUUGCGGACUUGUCUCUACCCCGAGGUCGAUCUCGCCACGGAGACCCUGCUGAAGAGGCUGGAGUGCUGCGUCGUCGUGCACCCGUACGGGCAGGUGGUGAACUCGGUUAUUGUGGCGAGGGUGAGGGGGUAG